AUGCAGACCGUUGUUGAAUCCACCGAGCUCACCGAGCAACAGCCGCCCACAUCGAGUCCAAAGUCCGAGUUCGACCCAUGCACCACAGCCAACAUUACCUCUCCUUUCUACCUCUAUAAGCACGAUUCGCCGCGGCCUUCCUUCGAUAUGGAAAAGAAUGCACCUCAAGUCGCAGUCCACGACGUCGAGGCGAGCGCUUCAGACCUGUCCCCGAGCAUAACUCAGGAAAAAAGAGAUGCACAACAGAAAGCAACGCUCAAACUUGGUUUCUGGGCUCGCAAAAAGCAACGGUGCAUGACCAAACCCAAGCCUAGAGGCUGCGGAUGGCUGGCUCGGCUGCCUCCACGCCAGAGACUGUUGGUCAAGGUCGUAAUUGCUGUGGUCAUUGUCGGGGCCAUGGUUGGAAUUGCAGUCGGUAUCAGCAUCAGGGUUCACGGAGGGGUCUACAAGAACAACAAUUCCACUACCCCGAUUGGAUGA